AGUUCAUGUAAUAAGAAAUAGAGCCAAAAGGUGAGAGUAGAGAAAAGAUGGAAAGUUGGCCAUUAUCAUCUGCACUAGGGAUGCAAAGAGAUCCAAAUUGGUGGAGCUGUCUCCCUAAUCUGUCCCGAAUAGGCCGGAGAAAGAGAAGCACCACUUCCACUUGUUCCAACACAAGGAGGAGGAUUCAUCUGAGGUUGACUAUGAAAAGGAAGAGAAGGAGCACAAGCACAAGGAGCAUCUUGGCGAGUUUGGCGCCCUCGCCGCCGGUGCCUUCGCCUUGCAUGAGAAGCAUAAGGCAAAGAAGGACCCCGAGCACGCGCACCACCACAAGCUCGAGGAGGAGAUCGCCGCCACGGUCGCGGUCGGCGCCGCGGGCUUCGCUUUCCAUGAGCACCAUGAGAAAAAAGAUGCACACAAGCACCAGAAUUGUGAGUGAUCGAAAAGGAGUUCGCACGUACGUACGUGCAUGUUUCAUGCAUGCAUGCAUUAAAUGCAUGCACGCACGUCGCAUGGAUUUGCCCCUCCCCUAGUGAUGAAUAAAUGUUGUGUUUAGGUUAAUAUGUGUUAGGUCAGUUUCCAUCUUUAUCUUUUUUAUUUAAUAUUUAAUAAAAACCUUUUAUUUUUGGAUAUUUGUGAGUCGAUCGUAUUAAUAACAAAUUAUGUUUCUGGUUGUGUUUGUUGAGAGAGAGAGAGAGAAAGAAAAAGAAAAUGGUGGUGAAGUGUCCCUUGUUAUAAUUAA